GCGAGCGCUCCCCUGAUCUCAUAUGCUUACGACGACUACGCCGUUCCGUCUAUGCUGUCGUCCCUGAGGUCCGCACGAUGGUUCUUUGAGUGUCAUAACACGGAAUCUAGGGGUUGGCCCUUCAUUCUGCUUCGUUGACUUUGCGGCAAAGCAUACUCUUGCAUCGACUGUCCGCGGAAUGAGUUGGAUAGCAUGAGUCGCCUCUUUCGCUCGACGCGAUUCGUUCGCUCUUUUCUGCUUGGUGUCCUUUCUACCGUCGUCCUAUGGACCUAUCUAAGUUCCCAUACCAUUCUUCGGCUCGUCUUUUCGCAUUCAUACGAUCUCAAUUUCCCUGCUAUCUACCGUGCACAGUUCCAGGUCUACAUCCUCACGCACGACUGCGGCCGCUUCACCUCCGAUAUAGCGUCUGCCUUCGACCCCGAAUCCGUCAUACUUGUCCCCGAUGUGGCAGAUAGUCCAGCAUGUGCGGCGCUUGGACUCCAGCAGGUGUUUGUGGAGCGAGUAGAAGGCAACAGCACCGACGACACGUACCGGUUCAAAUACGCCUACACGCUGUGGCACUGCCGCAAUGGCGACAAGAUGAAGUGUCUGUUCCUCGAGGACGACGUGGUCAUGUUGCAUGAUCGGCAACGCACGCAGGAAGUUCUUGUAGAGAACACGCUCACACUGUUCAAUCACGAAGAGAACGCCUACGAUUGCACAAAGCGCGGCUUCGGAUGGAUACGGAGCAAGACAACAGGCAACGGCAGCCAAUGCAGGAUAUACAGCAAGCCUUCUACGGAAUGUAUGACAUAUUGUCUAACUCAAUAUGAGCACAAGCAGUUGGACUAUGGCUUAGCAGCUUGUCAAAAUUGGUGCGGGCUCAGCCAGAGGAGAUUUCUGUUGGCCGUCCACGGUGGACUGAGUUCGACAAUGGAGAGGAACCGUUCCUUGGUUGCGCAGAGUAAUCAACAUCAUAGACCGGGUUAAAGGUAUUUGCUGAAUUUGCAUUGACUCACUUUUUAACUAUGCAUUGAUCAUUUAGCUCUAUCCGGGGCUAGUACAAUAUACUAAGGCUUCUGCACACAAAUCAUACAGGCUGGAUCGUGCAUAACAAAAAUACUAGGAGUAGUGACUAAAAAUGAAUAGGAAGAAAAUGUCUUGUAUUUAUUAGAUUGGGAUCCAUCGCGGUUUGGUGACAGCAGGUAACAUACGGAUGCGUUCUAUCGCAUCCUCGCUGUCAUCAAUAUUGCCACAGCUGUCACGAUCACAGUCUUCCUGCUUGCUACAUGAACAAUACUGUUUUCAAUGAACACAGGCCAGGCAGAUCAUCUGUUAAAGCAGAAAAUGCAUGGUAUUUAAAAAUGGCAAUUUAUAGGGCAAUUGUCGUCCUCAAUUACCUGUUGGAAAGUUAAAAAUACGUUCGUGAAUUAACGUGCGUGGUAUCU